AUGGCUGGCAAUGCUGGAGGUGUUGAGCCCGACCUGAGCGAGGAGUCACGGGCGCCAUGGCUGACUGCUGGCGAGGAGAGUCAGCAGGAUGGGAGCUUCAAGUACGGCAAGGUGGAUGGUGCUCAUGCUUACCACGAGGGCGAUGAUGGCGAGUUCUGGAGUAACGUCGACGCCUCCCUUAAGGAGGCAGGUGGCCCUGUUUCAACCGAACAAAAGGGACUUGCGUGGGCGUUUCUUCCAGCUUUCUUCGCCGGUGUUGCAUUUGGCCUCCCAUCUGAGUAUUACAUUGGCUUCACAGUUCUCUUCGUCUUCGCUUAUUGUGGGAUUGAGAUGGGCAAACCGUCAAAGCCUACACAUUUCGAGCCUGACAUGUACAAGAUCAACCCCCACCUUCCUCCUCCCCCGCCCCCCUGUCUGUCGGACUCCCUUCCCCGUCACUCCCUCCCAUGGUUCCGUGUGAUUGCGGGCUGGCUGGCUCUACUCUGGACUCCCACCCAUUCAGCUUGCCAUUCACUCUCCAUCCACUCACGUUACCCUCCACUUACCGUCACAAUGACUGCAUCGUACUGCACGUGUUCCGGGUGCUCUUACAACGCGAACGCGCCUGGAGAGCUUCCCACGCAGAUUCUCGAGGCCAAUGGCUUCCCCUCGGAGCUCCUCCCCGCGCACGAGGUCGCGCAUUGCGACGGCGCGAUCACUGGGCCCUUCUCGAUCGACCUCAAGCGUCCGAUCGACGCUGUGAUCGACGGCUACAACGUGCACUACGAUCAGCACAUAAGCGGCACGGUCGAGCACGGCUGGAUCCGCCAAGUCACGGGAAUUAAAGUGUUCUAUAUGAUGGCGUGGGUUCCGGUCGAUACCGCACAGGUCGGCGCGUCUUGCGGCAAUCGACUCUACUUCUACGUCGGACGCCUCGUCUACAAGAGCGUUCCGCUCUCCGCGUUUCCCGGAUUAUGGGAAGGCAAUGGCGCGAAGAGCGAGAAGCAGGCUCCCAAGCAGCAGAAGCAGAAGCAGCUCAUGCAGGUCGAUACUUCGUCAGACGAAGAGGAUGAGGGAGACGAGGAGGAGCGAUGGGAAGACGCGCCGACGGACGGAAGCGAUCAGGAAGGUUCGGACAUGAGCGAUCAGGAAGCGGGAGAGCUGGAAAUAGCGGCGAGUUUUGCGCUGGCGAAGGAGGCAGCGGCAGGAGCUUCUACGAGAAAAAGCUUCUUCCGGUUCAGAGCUUGA